AUGAGUAACAAUCAGAAAAAUAAUGACCCUUUGUUAGCUAACUUGAAUGCAUUCAAGAGCAAAGUUAAGACGGCACCUGUUUUACCCGCAGCUAGAAUUGCUAGUCCGUUAAGAAAGAGACUAGCUUCUCAAGUGAAACAGGAAGAAGAACAGGAUAAAAAACUAUCAAGUGAUGACGACAUCAAGGUAAUAAAAGAGGAGAGAACUAACAUUACCAAUUCACCAUCGAAGGAAACUCCCGAGGUGAUGGAUUUGGUAUCGGAAGAUGAAUAUGACGACUCUCCAUCCAAGAAAGUUAGACCAGGUUCUAUCGCUGCAGCUGCCUUGUUAGCAUCUCAAUCAAAUAUUUCAAAAAGUCACGAUUCCUCUAAAUUAUUAUGGGCUACUGAAUACAUUCAAAAGAAAGGUAAACCUGUGCUAUUGAAUGAGUUGAUGGAUUAUCUUUCAUUGAAACCAAACGACAAAGUCUUGGAAUUAUUGAAAAAAUUAGAAAAGAUACAAUUUGACGCUAAGAAGAAUACUUUCAAAUAUAUUUCUACUUAUGAUGUGCAUUCAGCUUCGGAGUUAUUGGCUCUAUUAAGAUCACAGGUUACAUUUAAGGGUAUUUCAUGUAAAGAAUUGAAAGAUGGAUGGCCACAAUGUGAUGAAACAAUAAAUCAACUGGAGGAGGAAAAUAAGAUACUUGUGUUGAGAACUAAAAAGGACAAAACACCAAGAUUCGUUUGGUAUAAUAAUGGGGGAGAUCUAGACAGAAUUGAUGAAGAAUUUGUCAAGACAUGGGAGAAUAUUCAAUUACCACAAUUUGCGGAAUUACCAAGAAAGUUGCAAGAUUUAGGUUUGAAGCCUGCUAGUGUCGAUCCUGCUACGAUUAAGAGACAAACUGCUAAAGUGGAAGUCAAGAAGAAGAGACAAAGAAAGGGUAAGAUUACUAAUACACAUAUGGCAGGUAUCCUAAAAGAUUAUUCCCAUAAAGUGUAG